AAGCGGCAUCUAUAAAAGCCGUAAGGCAGUUUUGAGCGUUUUCCAUUUGAAAGCGCCGAGAGUUGUAGGUGACAACAAAAUGCUGCGCCACGUGCUACGCAAUGAAAACAACAGAAUUUUUGUGCUAAUUUUGCUGUACUGUGUUCUUGUUAGUCUGCUGAAGCUGUGCAUGGCACAAGGUGACAACGCGGUGUCCUCCAAUGACAAUGAUAUUGGACACCUCGGAGAUGACUGCAAGGUAACACCCGUCAUUCAUGUCCUGCAAUAUCCUGGAUGUGUGCCCAAGCCGAUUCCCUCGUUUGCCUGUGUGGGUCGCUGCGCGAGUUAUAUACAGGUAUCAGGAAGUAAAAUUUGGCAAAUGGAGAGAUCCUGCAUGUGUUGCCAGGAGUCGGGGGAGCGCGAAGCUGCCGUAUCUUUAUUCUGUCCCAAGGUCAAGCAUGGGGAACGAAAGUUUAAGAAGGUACUCACCAAGGCACCGUUAGAAUGCAUGUGCCGUCCGUGCACCUCAAUCGAAGAGUCUGGCAUUAUACCACAAGAGAUCGCCGGCUACUCGGAUGAGGGUCCACUCAAUAAUCAUUUUCGACGUAUUGCCCUACAGUAGAAUCAAUUAUAUGAUCGUUUGCACACAAUUUGCACAUUAAAAUACAUUUAAUUGUCGCAUUAUAUUCAAUUUCUACAUC